UCACUGUCAGUGUGUGUGUGUCAGUGUGUGUGUGUGUUACUGUCAGUGUGCAUGUGUCACUGUGUGUGUCAGUGUGCGUGUGUCUGUGCAUGUCACUGUUGUUGUGCAUGUGUGUCACUUGUGCAUGUGUCACUGUGUGUGUCAGUGUGCAUGUGUCUGUGUGUGUGUGUCACUGUCAGUGUGUGUGUAUUACUGUCAGUUCAGACAUUGCACAGCAAAGGCAGCAGCACUGGCAGCAUGGAGGCAAGAGCUGGACAAGAAAGAUGA